UUUCUUCCAGGGGACCGCCACUAUAUAAUGCUCAAGUCUUCUGGAAGGUAAUACUAUACCGUCUCAAUCUUCGCUUUCCACACUGUUCUAUCCAACCAAAUCAACCUCCGUUCAAAUCGAUACAAAAUCUGUAUUUUGAUUCGACAAAUUUAGCCAAUUCCUUAAACCUUAACCUUCAUCUUUUCACACAGUCACGUAGUUAAAUUAAGCAGUAAUUUAGAAGCUCUGAAGUAAGAUGACCGAGAAUUCCGACGAGGCCAAGGACAUAGAUGAGCUCUACGAGUACGGGGCACGCCUCAAUGAAGCCAAGGAUAAGACUCAGCAUGUGGAGGAUUACGAGAAUAUAAUAAAGGCGGCAACCAGUACCAGCAUUAAAGCUAGGCAAUUAGCUGCUCAACUGAUCCCCAGGUUCUUCAAGUUUUUCCCAAGUCUUUCGGUCAGUGCUGUAGAUGCCCAUCUUGAUUUAUGUGAAGCUGAAGAACUCGGGCCUGAUACUACUAAACAUCAAGUGUAAUGGAACUCAAGCAGCAGCAAGAGAAACAGUAUUGAAAUGCCUGAUCUGUGGAUUCCUUAUGGUGUAGGACUAUUUGGCAAAAAGAUCAGGGAAACUAUAUUGCCUUCUUCAUAAUUGACUUAGGUGGUCUAUUUUCUGCAUGAUAUAGCAGCAACUGGCUGGGGUAGGUGGUGGUUGAGCUUCAGCUUGUGUGUUUGGAAGAUGGAGACUUUUAUGAUCUUGUUGAGGCAGAAGAUAGAUUUUAUCAGUGCCGUCGUGUGCAUUAUCAUGGAAGCUUUUGCAGUACUUUCUUUAAAGGAGUCUGUUCUUGUUCUCGUAUAAAAAGUUCCAAAUAGUUGGGAACCUGAUCUAUGUGUAAGAUGGAUACAGAAUGAAAUGUGGUGAACAUCCAAAAAAAUUCUUCUCAUUCCUCAGGCUUAUUACACCCUUGAUUCCCUCCUGAGGAUGCCGUUUUCAGAUCCUUUAGCUGGCAGCAUUUCACUCAUGCGUGUACCUGCAAGUGAACAGUCUGAUAUUGAUAUGAUUGUUGACACCCAAAUUUUGUUGGUGUACCUUGCUUUUUAAUGGUACACAUCCACCAUUCACUUGAGAAAUUAGGGAAGUGGAGGUUGUUUGUGAAUAAAGAGAAAGCCAUGUGGAGAAAGAGGAUUUGGUUUUCAAUUAAUGGGUUUUGAGAGAGGAGGAUCAACAUCUAAAGAAAUCAACAUUAUUUGUCAGUUAAUAGAUUGGAAACCUUCAGGAAUGGAUGGGAGGAGUUUAAACAACAUAUGCCAAAAUGAAUAAGCACGCCUCUCCAUAUUUUACCCACCAAAAUGCUGCAUGGCUAAGAUCUUUGGGUAAUUGGCAUCCUGCAGCCUAUUUCUAAAAGUAAUUUGCUGUAUCAGGAAGAUAUACAUUUUUUGCAAGCAUACAUGCUGAGUCUGUUGA